GGGAGCAACAAUGAAAAGCAACAAAAACAACAUGAUUGUUGUUCAAAAUCACCGGAAAACGUACGUUCCUUAAUUUUAUAUCAAUUUGCAAUUGUUUAUAGAGUGGCGCAGAUAAUACGCUAAGCAUUUAAUGUGAAAAUGACAACCGACGAAAGUAUUAUGACGGAGAUGCUCGAUCGCGCAACGAACCCGGCUAAGGAAAGCGUCGAUGAGCUGGGCGUGCAAAUGUUUUGCAUUGUUGUGCGCAGCAACAAUCAAUUGGUGCAUAAAGCCCAAGAAAUGAUUGUGGCCAAAGUGCGCUCCAGCAACGUAACCGAAGCAACUCGAGCAAUUGCGCUGCUAGAGGAAUGUAUGAUGCAGUGUGGCGACGACUUCCAGGAUGAGGCAAGCAAAUUUCGCUUUCUCAAUGAACUGAUACGCCUGGUGUCGAAGAAGUAUUUGGGCGCCGAGACGCCGCAUGUGGUGAAGCAACGCAUCAUGGAAUGCCUGCUGCUCUGGACAACCGAGUUUCCACAGCGUGUCAAGAUACGAGAUGCCUAUGAUAUGUUGCGCAAAGAGGGCGACAUCGAUCAUGUGCAGACGGCAGCGGCGCUGGCCAAGCGUCAGAGUGUGCUUAGCACCAUAGAUGAGGCCAUGUUUGCCAAGCUGAUUAAGAGCAAGGAUCCGGAGAAUUUUAAGCGUGCCAAUCUGCUGCUGCAAUAUCGCAUGGCGCAGGAGGCGCGACGCAAUGAUUUGCUCGCCCAGCAUCGCAUUAUGCUGCAGGAGGUGCAAGAGACGAUGCAGUUGCUCAAUCAAAUGCUGGACAGCUAUAAUCCCAGUGAUCAGGACGUCAACGAAACAAUACACGAGCUCUACAAGAGCUGCAUGAAACACAAACCCAUUUUCCAGCAUCUGCCCGAGCUGUUGGGCGAAUCGGAUUCCCAGCUUAUAGAGGACACGCUGGAGACAAAUGGUGAGCUGGUGGCCACCAUGACGCGCUACAAGCAGCUGGUGCCGUCGCCCACCAAGUCUACCUCAACUGCGGCAGCGCCGCUAGCAUCAGCAGCUGCAACAGCAACCACAACUGGAGCAACGGCUUCCACCAAUGCAGCUUUGCUCAAUGAGCUGCUGGGUGAUCUGUUGAUUGGCGAACAAGCUGGUCAAACUCCAGAAGCUGCCGCCGUGCAAACAGUUAACAACUCAAAACUCAAUGUGCUGGCCGAUUUGAGUGAUAUUUUCAGCAGUGCGCUAGCGGAAAGCGAGGACAAGCAACAGCAGCAGCAGCAAAAGAGUGCCGAAUCAUUUCCCAGCAGCGAGCUGCUGGAGCCGCAAGUGUUGAGUCCUAAGAAGCGCAAUUCCAAUGGCAGUGCUGAUGAAAGCUUGGCCAAUGGCAACUCAAAUGCUGCAACAGCUGGAGCUGCAGCUGGUGGCGUCAGCAGCCGCAAGAUGCCACAGAUCGAUAUGCUGAGCGAGGAGAUGUUCCAGCAGAUACUGCCAGCCCAGGAUCGUAUGGCCAGCUUUAAGCGUGAUCCGGAGAAGAUGACACUCAAUGAUUUGGCACGUGAGCGCAUGCAGGAGGCGCUGGUGACGCCAACGCCAGCUGCUGCUGCUGCUGCUGAAGUGACGGACGAUGUGCCAUUGUUGAGCGCAAACGCAAGCGCCACUGUUGUGCCUGAAACCAGGGAGCAGAAGGAGCCAGUGGAGCCAACGCCAACAGAAGCAGCUCCAGUUGUGGUUGAGGCACCACCGUUGGCACCCAAACAUCUCAGUGAGAUUGACAUUGAGUUGGAUAAUGUGCAGGCAACGGGCGUGACGCGUGUCGUGCUGGACGACGAUGAUAUGCACUUGAGCCUGAACUUCACCGAGGAUCGGCCGAGUCGCCACGUCUCGGUCAUUGUGAUAUCGGCCCAGAAUAAGAGCAGUCAACUAGUCAAAGACUUUCAGUUCGAGGCGAGCGUGAAGAAGCCCUGCAAGGUGCGUCUUUUGCCGCCCACGGAUAACGCGAUGGCAGCUCACAAGUCAUUCCGACCAGCCAUACCCAUCAAUCAGGUGAUGCUGCUGCUGAAUCCAACGGGAAAUCCUGUCGAUGUUACCUGCAUUGUGGGUUACAAGUUGGGCGAUGAUCCCGAUCCCAUCAAGGAGUCAAUUGUCGCCAAGGGCAUUGCCUAUGUCGACUAAGUGCGCUAAUUUUGUCAAGUCAAUUUUUAAUUUCGUAUUCCUUAUAAUGUGUAUGAAUUCGUUUCUCUAAACCAAAAAAAUCUAAAAGUGCGAGCGGUGCAGCAAUAUUUAUUGUUUCUCCCUUUCUCUGUCUCUAUCUGUAUUGUGCCCAUCCAAAAAAAAAUUAUGAAUUAUGAUGUAUUUAUCGGUACUUAUCGUUUUUAUUAUUAUUAUUAUAAUUAUUAUAUAUGUAUACGCCUAUAAGGUUCUAUUAAAUCGCAUUCCCACAAACACAUA